GUUACUCGUCCCCUACCUUAUCCAGGCUGAGGUGGCGCUGACACGAUUUUAACUGAUCAAUACCAAGAAGGGGGAAGGGUAAAUUGGAAAAUAAGAAAGCAACCGUGACGCAAUCAUCGGAGCUGGACUAGCCGAGGGAAGGAAGAAGCCGCAGGGUGCCCUGGGGAGCUGACGCGCGAAUAAAUGUCGUGAUCUUUUUCACCAAUCUGUUGUUUCCGUUCCUCUCUCGCGAGCGAAACGUUUCGUAUAUAUUAGGAGCAUCUGUCUCAUUGUUUGUUAUAUAGAGAGAAAAAGAAUUGUGAUCGGUAGCAGAGAGAGAGAGAGAGAGAGAGAGAGAAUGAGAAUCGAAGAGAGUGACGGAGUGUCGGCGUCGAAAGAUCACCUGGUCUUCGCUUACUAUAUCACUGGCCAUGGUUUCGGCCAUGCCACUCGUGUCGUCGAGGUUGUGCGGCACCUGAUUCUAGCCGGGCAUGAUGUGCACGUGGUGACCGGUGCUCCGGACUUUGUUUUCACCUCCGAGAUACUGUCCCCCCGGCUCUUCAUUCGGAAGGUGCUGUUGGAUUGUGGAGCGGUUCAGGCAGAUGCAUUGACAGUGGAUCGUCUUGCCUCCUUGGAGAAGUAUUCCGAGACAGCAGUGGUGCCUCGGGAUUCUAUUUUGGAAACGGAAGUGGAGUGGCUGAACUCCAUUAAAGCUGAUUUAGUGGUCUCGGAUGUUGUUCCAGUUGCUUGUCGUGCAGCAGCUGAUGCUGGAAUUCGCUCUGUUUGUGUCACAAACUUCAGCUGGGACUUCAUCUAUGCGGAGUAUGUGAUGGCUGCUGGAAGUCAUCAUCGUUCGAUAGUUUGGCAGAUAGCAGAGGAUUAUUCCCAUUGUGAGUUCUUGAUCCGCCUCCCAGGAUAUUGCCCAAUGCCUGCUUUUCGAGAUGUUAUUGACAUACCUCUCGUUGUGAGGAGGUUACACAGAUCCCGCAAGGAGGUAAGGAAGGAGCUUGGAAUCAGUAAUGAUGUGAAACUAGUUAUCCUGAACUUUGGUGGACAGCCAGCUGGCUGGAAGCUGAAGGAGGAGUACUUGCCUUCUGGUUGGUUGUGCCUGGUUUGUGGUUCUUCUGACACCCAGGAGCUUCCACAAAAUUUUAUAAAGCUUGCAAAAGAUGCGUAUACACCUGAUCUUAUUGCCGCAUCUGACUGCAUGCUGGGAAAAAUUGGAUAUGGAACUGUCAGUGAGGCUCUUGCAUUCAAGUUACCAUUUGUCUUUGUACGCAGAGAUUAUUUCAAUGAAGAGCCGUUUUUGAGAAAUAUGCUUGAGUAUUAUCAAGGCGGUGUUGAGAUGGUUAGGAGGGAUUUACUCACUGGUCACUGGAAACCUUACCUUGAACGUGCAAUUAGUUUGAAACCAUGCUAUCAGGGAGGCAUCAAUGGUGGUGAGGUAGCAGCUCAAAUCCUGCAAGAGACAGCUACUGGGAAAAACUAUGCAUCAGACAAGCUUAGUGGGGCAAGAAGAUUGCGUGAUGCUAUAAUUCUUGGGUAUCAACUACAAAGAGUUCCAGGACGAGAUAUCAGCAUCCCAGACUGGUAUUCAACUGCUGAAAAUGAACUUGGUAUUUCUAGUGGAUCACCGACUUACCAAGAGACUGAGAACAGCUCCAUAAUGAGCUCAAGCACCGAAGACUUUGAGAUUCUUCAUGGAGACCCUCAAGGUUUUCCCGAUACAAUAUGUUUCUUAAAGAGCUUGGCUGAACUAGAUGCUGUAUAUGAGACUGAAAAGAAUGCUGAGAAGCGCCAGAUGCGGGAGCAAAAGGCUGCUGCUGGACUUUUCAAUUGGGAGGAAGAAAUCUUUGUGGCAAGAGCACCUGGAAGGCUGGACGUGAUGGGAGGGAUUGCUGACUAUUCAGGAAGUCUUGUCUUGCAGAUGCCAAUAAGAGAAGCCUGCCAUGUUGCCGUGCAAAGGAAUCAUCCAAGUAAACAUAGACUUUGGCAACAUACCCUGGCUCGGCAGCAAGCCAAAGGACAAGGAUCAACACCUGUCCUGGAAAUAGUAUCAUAUGGUUCAGAAUUGAGCAAUCGUGGCCCAACCUUUGACAUGGAUUUAUCUGACUUUUUUGAUGGAGAGCAGCCAAUGUCAUAUGAAAAGGCAAGGAAGUACUUCGCUCGAGAUCCAUCCCAAAAGUGGGCAGCAUAUGUUGCGGGGGUGAUUCUGGUUUUAAUGACAGAAUUGGGUAUACACUUUGAGGAUAGUAUCAGUAUGCUGGUUUCUUCUGCAGUCCCUGAAGGUAAAGGUGUAUCUUCUUCUGCCUCUGUGGAAGUUGCUAGCAUGUCUGCCAUAGCUGCAGCUCUUGGAUUAAACAUUAGUCCAAGAGAUCUUGCUUUGCUCUGCCAAAAGGUGGAGAAUCACAUUGUUGGAGCUCCAUGUGGUGUGAUGGACCAGAUGACUGCAGCAUGUGGUGAAGCCAACAAACUUCUGGCAAUGGUGUGCCAGCCUGCUGAGAUAGUUGGGCUUGUAGAAAUUCCUAGCCAUAUCCGGUUUUGGGGAAUUGAUUCAGGAAUAAGGCACAGUAUUGGUGGUGCAGACUAUGGAUCCGUUAGAAUUGGUGCCUUUAUGGGUCGCAAGAUGAUAAAGUCUAUUGCAUCUUCUAUGUUGUCUCCAUCAUUACCAAGUGCCAAUGGGGCAAACCUUGAUGAGUUGGAAGAUGAUGGUGUUGAACUACUUCAAGGUGAAGCUUCACUAGAUUACUUAUGUAACCUGUCACCUCAUAGAUAUGAGGCUCUUUAUGCUAAGAUGCUUCCUGAGUCCAUGCUUGGUGAGAUGUUUCUGGAGAAAUAUGCCGAUCACAAUGAUUCCGUCACAGUAAUUGAUCAUAAGCGUAUUUAUGGAGUGGGAGCACCUGCUAAACAUCCUAUAUAUGAAAAUUUCCGUGUCAAGGCCUUCAAAGCACUUCUAACAUCUGCACCUUCAGAUGAGCAACUUAUGUCUCUUGGAGAACUAUUGUAUCAGUGCCACUACAGCUACAAUGCUUGUGGACUUGGCACCGAUGGGACAGAUAGGCUUGUACAGUUAGUACAGGAAAUUCAGCAUAGUAAAUUAUCUAAAUCCGAAGAUGGGACUCUAUAUGGAGCCAAAAUCACAGGUGGAGGUUCCGGUGGAACUGUUGGUGUGAUUGGAAGGAACUGCCUACGAAGCAGCCAACAAAUUAUUGAGAUUCAGCAGAGAUACAAAAGCGCUACAGGCUAUUUGCCAUUUGUUUUUGAAGGCUCAUCACCAGGUGCUGGAAAGUUUGGCUACCUGAAAAUACGCCGUCGCAUCUCUCCCAAGCUAACAUAAAUGUCAGCUUUGUGAGAUAAAGGAAUUAAAGGGAAAACAUUUAUUGAUUAAGCCUAAUGUGGGCUGCAUUAUGUCAAUUUUUAUUAACAAUUAAUAAAUUUACAGUUUUUAAUUUUUACA